AUGGAGGCAUUUAUGGUCCUUCUGCCGGCUUUCUGCGCCUUGUCUGGCGCAUCGGCAGUUAGUCCGUGCCUCGAUCCUACCGACGCCGACUACAGCUGUGAGGUCGAUGAAGACGGAUAUCUGUAUCUCUACGACUGCGGUAUAACUGAUGAAGACGUCGACGGGGGUGAUCUCGCGUCAUGCCUGGACAACGCAGGGCAAGAACUGGUCGUGGAACUAUGGCUAUAUGGCAACGCUCUCACCGCCCUACCGGCGGGGAUCUUCGAGGGCUUGACGGCGCUGGCUGAGCUAUCGCUGGGCAACAACGCUCUCACCACCCUGCCGGCGGGGAUCUUCGAGGGCUUGACGGCGCUGGAACUUCUGUGGCUACAUGGCAACGCUCUCACCACCCUGCCGGCGGGGAUCUUCGAGGGCUUCACGGCGCUGGCUGAGCUGUCGCUUGGAAACAACGCUCUCACCACCCUGCCGGCGGGGAUCUUCGAGGGCUUGACGGCGCUGGAACUUCUAUGGCUAUAUGGCAACGCUCUCACCGCCCUACCGGCGGGGAUCUUCGAGGGCUUGACGGCGCUGGCUGAGCUGUACCUUUAUGACAACGCUCUCACCACCCUGCCGGCGGGGAUCUUCGAGGGCUUCACGGCGCUGGAACUUCUAUCGCUGGGCGACAACGCUCUCACCACCCUGCCGGCGGGGAUCUUCGAGGGCUUGACGGCGCUGGAAAUUCUAUCGCUGGGCAACAACGCUCUCACCACCCUGCCGGCGGGGAUCUUCGAGGGCUUGACGGCGCUGGAACUUCUGUACCUUGAUAACAACGCUCUCACCACCCUGCCGGAGGGGAUCUUCGAGGGCUUGACGGCGCUGGCUGAGCUGCGGCUGUAUAACAACACUCUCACCACCCUGCCGGCGGGGAUCUUCGAGGGCUUGACGGCGCUGGCUGAGCUGUCGCUGGGCAACAACGCUCUCACCACCCUGCCGGCGGGGAUCUUCGAGGGCUUGACGGCGCUGGCUGAGCUGCGGCUGUAUAACAACACUCUCACCACCCUGCCGGCGGGGAUCUUCGAGGGCUUGACGGCGCUGGCUGAGCUGAAAUUGGACGGGAACGAGCUGGAGUGCUUGCCCACGUCAAUAUUGGUGGAAGUCGAUGAUGAUGCCACUGAUUGGGCCGACGGACUCCAUGUGGACUUGUACGGCGAUGAGUGCGCUGCAGUUCUUACUCCCGCUCCUUCGCCAGCUGUAACCACGGCGCCUGUGGCUGCAACCGCGGCGCCUGUGGCUGCAACCGCGGUGCCUGUGGCUGCAACCGCGGCGCCUGUGGCUGCAACCGCGGCGCCUGCAGAGUCAGGCGAGACGCCAGCAACUUCGCCGAUCCCGACACCAGCGCCUUCAUUGGGCGUCACCUCAACCACCAGUCCUGUAACUACGUCUUCUCCCGAACAAACGUCGACCUCCGACUCUACACCUACCGUAGCGGGGAUAGUUUCUGCAGUUGCUGGGGCGGCCCUCAUCGCACUCGCUGUGUUCUUGAGGAGGCGGCGAGCCUCAAGACAGAAAACGACUAAAGCGUCCGCGGCUCCUCCCACCCACGACGACGGCAACGUCGAGCACGGCGGCGAACAGCCGCUGGACAUCUUCCGCCCUCCAUACUCGGCAGUGGUUGUCGCAGGCAACGGAGACGACAUGGCGCCUUCGCACCAGGACAACGCAUCGCUUCGUCGCAAAGCACUGACGACGGAAGCCGACGGAGUUGAAAGGGAAGGCAUCGUCCCGCUCCCAGCAGCAUCUGCACUCGACGGCGAGGUGGAGGCGAGCGCUGAACAUGCUGCCAAAGAUUGUCGUGCUCGGCUCGCCAGCGCUGGCUCAGCGGAGAAGCUGCCGGCAGCCACCUCUGCUACAACUUCCACUGCCAAUCUGUCGACAGCGGAACGGGACGAGCUUUCCCAAUUUCACCAGAGAGAGCGCGUAGCGGAUGCCGCGCCGGUCUCCGGCGAACUCAAACCCGAAGAAGCCUCCAGCGGCGGCCCUGGAGCCUCCUCAGCAGCUGACGACCAAAACUCGGCCGACAUCGGGCUUGGCCGCGCCGUCUUGGCGGCAGCCCAAGAGCUGGUGCAUCAUUGCCAGAUCCCUGGCGUCAGCGAGGCGGCCACAGCGGUGUGCAUGAUGGCGACCCUGGUGACGGAUGGCCGCGACAACGCCAGGGCGAGUGAAUCAAGACUUCGGCAGUGCAGCACGGUCGUUAUGGCGCUCAAGCGGGCGGCGAAGGUGGCCGACAAGGGCGGAGACACGAUUGGUGAGGUGGCGCGUGGGAUGAUUGAAGACGUGCACGGGGCCAUCUUCGAUCUAGUCCAGCUAAUAAAAACCUACCAAAGCAAGAACAAGCUUUCAAGGUUGUUCAUGUCGACGCUGUUCAAGCGGCGCCAAGAGGAGCUUAAUGCCGUAGUGGAUCAAGCAAUCAUGCGUCUGCAGUUGGGGCUUCAGCUGCAAGUUGGACAAGACGUGGGCGCGGUCAAGGAUAAGCUUGACUCAGUCAAGGAGGGAAUUGACCUUUAUCAGCUUUCCCUCUCGGAGGCUGCAUCCGAGUCCGUGGCAGAGGAUCGUCGCGUCAAGCGGCAGCGCAAGCUUGACCAAGUCGAGAUUCCUGCGGAAUACCUGUCCAUCACAGACGAGCUCCUGGGAAAGGGAGGCUUUGGCGAGGUGUACCUGGCCGACUACAACGGCCACAAUGCAGCGGCGAAGGUGCUGCAUAUCGCCCGAAUGGGCGCACUUGACGAGACCCAAAAGCAGCGGGAGGCGAGCCAGCACAGAGCUUUCUUGCGUGAGCUGGAAGCCAUGAUCCGCCUGCGGAGCCUCAACACGGUCAACGUCUACGGAGCAGUCACGUCUCUGCCAGACCGUAUGGUGCUCGUCAUGGAGUUGCUAGCAGGCGGAGAUCUCCUCACGUUGCUCAGAAAGUCCAAGAAGGCACUCCCCGGGCAGCAGUCAAGGCGCAUCAUCCGAGAUAUCUGCACCGGCAUGGCUUUCCUGCACGGCAAGAACACCGUCCACGGCGACCUUAAGUCGGCUAACGUGCUUCUGGAUGGCGACGGCAGGGCGAAGAUCGCGGACUUCGGUACGUCCCGGUGGACGCAGACCACAAACUCCACCGGUCUGGCAACGUACACCACCAGAUCAAGCCAGACCACUCAGAUGAGCAUCGCCUGGAGCGCACCGGAGGUGCUCGAGUCAGAAGGAAGCUCUUACGAGAGCGAUGUCUACAGCUUUGGGAUCGUGGUGUGGGAGGUAAUCUCCAGAGAAGUGCCUUGGGCGAAAAAGACCCGUUCUCGCGACAUAUUGACCGCGGUGUUGAGGGGGGUUCGACCUUCGUUCCAUGUAGACGCUCCUGCUGAUGUCGUGGACAUCGCCAACGCCUGCUGGUGUGGGGAGCCGAAGGAACGUACCACAUUCAGAGCGAUCUUACAGGGCAUCAAGGCGAAGGACUGGGGUGAUGAAUAG